AUGCAUGAAAUUGGGGAAAUGAAAUUCAGUAUGGUAACUCUUUGGUUCGAGAAAAUGUCUCGGAGGUUUUGGGAAAUGUGUGUGGAGUGUGGAAGUCUGUCGGAGGUUUUGGGGAAUGUGUGUGGAGUGUGGAAGUCUGUCGGAGGUUUUGGGGAAUGUGUGUGGAGUGUGGAAGUCUGUCGGAGGUUUUGGGGAAUGUGUGUGGAGUGUGGAAGUCUGUCGGAGGUUUUGGGGAAUGUGUGUGGAGUGUGGAAGUCUGUCGGAGGUUUUGGGGAAUGUGUGUGGAGUGUGGAAGUCUGUCGGAGGUUUUGGGGAAUGUGUGUGGAGUGUGGAAGUCUGUCGGAGGUUUUGGGGAAUGUGUGUGGAGUGUGGAAGUCUGUCGGAGGUUUUGGGGAAUGUGUGUGGAGUGUGGAAGUCUGUCGGAGGUUUUGGGGAAUGUGUGUGGAGUGUGGAAGUCUGUCGGAGGUUUUGGGGAAUGUGUGUGGAGUGUGGAAGUCUGUCGGAGGUUUUGGGGAAUGUGUGUGGAGGUCUGUCGGAGGUUUUGGGGAAUGUGUGUGGAGGUCUGUCGGAGGUUUUGGGGAAUGUGUGUGGAGGUCUGUCGGAGGUUUUGGGGAAUGUGUGUGGAGGUCUGUCGGAGGUUUUGGGGAAUGUGUGUGGAGGUCUGUCGGAGGUUUUGGGGAAUGUGUGUGGAGGUCUGUCGGAGGUUUUGGGGAAUGUGUGUGGAGGUCUGUCGGAGGUUUUGGGGAAUGUGUGUGGAGGUCUGUCGGAGGUUUUGGGGAAUGUGUGUGGAGGUCUGUCGGACGGUGUGUGAUGUAUGAAAUUUGCCAUUGGACGAUAGAGUGGUUAGUAUGA